UUGUUAUUUGCGCAAAAAAAUGGCGGAUUUAGAAGACGGUGAAAUACCAGAUUCGGAUGAAGAGGUUCCUUCAUCUUUACCCAAUAGUAAGCCAGAUGAUGUGUCGAUGAACUAUCCUCAUGCAGGUGGUGAUGUUCCAUCCUCCUUCAGUGUAAGACAGCCUUCAACUAAAACCACAUUAUCGUACAAUAACCAUACAUACCGCAGCAGACCUUCAAAUCCUCCAGUGGACAGUGAGGAUGAUUCUUCAGGCACUAGUGAUGAAGACACAGAUCUCUGGCAGUGUAAAAAAGCCAAGUACUUUUCUAAACCAAGGGUUCAGAGUAUGGAUCUUGCUCAUGAAAUUACCUCCCCUCCUCGAGGAAUGAAGCCACCUUCGAUGACACAGGAUGAAGAUCCAUUGGAGAGCCCACAAAAGAAACGGAAGGUGAACAAUGUUUGGGGUACAGUCAUUACAGAACAGACCAUUACCCAUUCAUUCAAAACAGGUGCAAAUGUUGAUAAAAAUGAGGAUUGUUUGGAGGAACGAGAUGUUGAGUCAUAUGAUUACACAAAGGCUUAUGAUGACGAUAGACCAUGUCUUGUAGAACAGCGAACAAUUCAAUCACGAGAAAGCAAUGACCCAUUUGAAAAUGUUAUUGAUUCAAUUGAGGAAUUAUAUGAUGUUGAGACAAAAAAAUCUGAUGUAGAAAGUAGAAAGCGGAAAAGAUCUGUGAAAGACCGAGUAGGCAGAAAAGAACAUCAAAGUAUGAAAGACAGAAUAGGGGAGAAGGAACGACAAAGUGUUAAAGAAAGAUUAGGUAAAAAUGAAGAAAAAAAUGUGAAGGACAGGCUAGGUCAGAUAGAUCCAAACAUAAGCAGAAUCGAAGAUGUGAAUGAAAGAGAUCCAGAGGAAAAAGUGACCAAGGCCAUAUUGGAUAUGUUGGAUGAACCCAACACAGACUUAAUUGGAAGGAUUGUCAGUGUUAUUGGGAGAACUUUGGCCCUGAAAUUUGCUCAUCAGACGGAGGAUGUGGAGUCAGCUGGUGGAUUGUUGACGAAUGAUGGUGCACGGCGACGGACUCCAGGUGGUGUUUAUUUACAGCUGUUAAAGAACAGUAAGGAUAUCACUAAGGAACAGACAAAGGAAAUAUUCGCAGAAGAAGAAUUGAAAUAUAAAAGGGAACAACGAAAGAUUAAACGAGCAAAGAGAAAGAGACAAAAUCAGCUGAGAAAAAUGUUACCACAGUCAAACUACGCAUCCCAGAAGUCCAAAGGAGGUCGAAAACAGGAUGUGGAGAUGCGUAAUGAGAAUAUGCCAGAGGUAGAUGACUGUAACGAUGACAGUGAUGAGGAGGAUGGUCAACAGGACAUUGCUCAAGAAAUUGAGGCAGCUAAACAACAGCAGGUUGAGGCACGGAAAAUGGACGAUUCUGAAUUUUCUUUAAAUGAUUCUGAUGUUGUUGAUAUUGAGCUUGGCGAGUUUGAGAGUUUUGAGUGAUUGAAUGAACACACUAAUACAUGUAUGGAAAUCCAGCCAGUAUUACAGAAGGGUUUCUGUGAUUUUCUUUAUAUUUUUAGAAUAAUUUUUGCACUUGUAUUGAGUGUAUUAUGAAAUUAAAUAAUAACAGGGGUAUCGACAUUUUAUUAAACAAAUAUAGUAUUUUCACUUAGUUUUGUUUCAUUUUUGUUCUGUUUAUGUUAAAUUAGGGUAUAAUUAUUUGUUUUGGUCUUUUUUUUAACAUAGACUUUUUUGUUCUGUUACUAUGUGUUCAGUUUCCCUUCGUUUGUAAGGGCGCACUUGAUUUACUGCUCGGAUCACCACUCUGAUCCUAUUCCGAUCAAAAUUAAAUCAAGUAGGUUACACAAUACAGAACCGGAGGUUACAUGGCAGACACGAAAGCAGUGGUCUCCUAUCUCGUUGUUGAUGAAAUUUUAGAUGAACAACGAGAUAGGAGGAAAGACGAAACAGAGCUUAUGGCCAUCUUCAUUCCAGCUAUUGGUGCUGUAAUGUGAGUCUCUGAUUAUGUUUAACGCCAUUAUUACUUAUUACGCUGUGGUUUUAUAUUUAAAUGCUAGACUACUGUCUGUGAACUUAGUUUUGUUUGACGAAAAAUCGAUGUUAAAUUUGUUUAACUCCCUCGGAAACAUAAUUCGUAUUUUUGAACAGCACUUGCUUUGUUGUAACUGAAAUUUCUAAACUUUUUAUUUAUCUUGAUUCCGAUAAUGAAAAAAAAUUCCUUCUUCAAGACUAGCGAAAAUCUGCUGAGAUUUUACUAUGGAGAGUAACGUAAUGACAUUACGCAUUACGGCCGUUUUUCUUACUAGUCUCAAAGAAGGAAAAAAUUUAUUCAGAAAAAUUUCAUGAAUAUUUGUUCAAUUCCUAUAACGACAAAGAGUCUUUCUAGAAAAAACAAUUUUCAUAAAAAUGGAGCUAUCACAGCAAAUUUAAUGCGGACAUUGUUCAUCUGUUAAUAUCAUCCGCCAUUUUGAAUUGUGGUUUGCUCCAUGUGCACCACCUCGCGAGAAAGAGCAGACUGAACAGUGAUCGGAGCAGUGAUCCAGACACUUGAUUUGAGAUGUCAGCGAUCAGCUGUGUACUCCAGUAGCUAAAUCAAGUGCGCUCUAUAUAUGUUCUUUCUAUUUCACUUUGUCCUAUCAUUCACUUCCGACUUUGUUCCGUUUCAUUCCAUAAAAGGGGUUCAGAAUGCUGUUGAGCAAACUAAGGAGUAUUGCCAUUUAAAUGUAUUCAAUAAUGACAUUUUAACUGAACAAUAAGAGAAACAAUCUCAAAAUUUCAUUGUUAUAUGUAUUGUUGCUUUGCACUAUUAGAUUGUAUGAAAAUCAUUUCGUCUUCAAUCUUUGCAUUUUGUUUUGUUUCAUUUUGGUGGAAUUGUUGCGUUUCGUUCCAUCAUACACAUGUUUCUUCAUUUCUGUUCUACUGCAAAUAGGUGUUUCGUUUGUUACUUACUCUGGAAAUCUUGUUUAAGAAGUCUGUUUAAGGUUUAUUACUUUUUGUUCCAUUUCAACACUGUUUUUUGUUUUUAUUCUGUUCCAUUUGUCAACUAAAAUGUUGACACCUCUGUAUGUGAUAGGUGAUAAAAUUAUGGAAUUUGAUUUGAUUGUCCCUCAGUCAAGACACGAGAGACAAGUGUUGUAUGAAAACCAAUAAAAUCAUAAAUCAGAA